AUGGUCCAGAGCUACUUGAAACACGGGCCCACAGAGGCCUUCGGACUCGUUUGCAGCUCGUCUUCAAACUCACACUAUGACGGCAAGCUCGCAUAUGUACCCGCACUGGAGGAUAUCUUGGUAUGGGACGUGAAGAAGGGCCAGAUGCUGGCAAUGUGGCAUGAGACAGGUCAUCGAGCGGAAGUUACUUGCAUCCUUCGUUCCCCACAGAAAGACACCUUUGCGGUCGGGUAUGCAGAUGGCUCUAUUCGACUCUGGAGUUCCUCGGAGAAGUCUGUUGUUGCUACCUUCAACGGUCACAAGAAAGCAGUCACCUCACUCGCUUUCGACGAGGCGGGUACGAGACUCGCGUCAGGCUCGCAAGACACGGACCUCAUUCUGUGGGAUGUCGUUGGGGAGGCUGGCCUUUUCAGGUUACGUGGUCAUCGAGACCAAGUCACUGCCAUACGGUUCAUCACCCCUGCGUCUCCCUCACAGCCAUCCUCCUCCUCCGGAACCACUCCAGGCUACCUCCUCACGUCCUCGAAGGAUACAUUCCUUAAGCUAUGGGACCUUGGUACUCAGCACUGCAUACAGACUGUCGUCGCCCACCGCUCCGAGAUCUGGACACUAGAUGUGGACAGUAAACAUGAGCUCGUAUUCACAGGCAGUGGUGAAGGCGAGCUCAAGGCGUGGAGGAUUGAUCAUGAGGCCCUCGCGGAAGGACUGCGAGAAACUGAGAAUGGCGAGGUGGCAAAGCUCAUUCAUGCAGUUGCCCCCCUCCCAUUAGCCUCCAACCAUCGCGUCUCUCAAAUUACCUUCCACCCUUCGCAUCCCUACCUCGCCGUCCAAUCGCAUGACCGCACAGUCGAGCUCUUCCGCAUACGCACCGAAGAUGAGAUCAGGAAGAAGCAAGCGCGGCGCCGUAAACGGCAGAAGGAGAAAGAGCAAACGAAGGGUAAGAAGCCCGCCGACCACGACGACGCUGAGAUGCAAGUGGACGGUGAGGCCGAGGACAAGGACAAGGAGGUCGAGCUUGUCGACUUGUUCACGCCUUACCUGGUCGUCCGCGCGUCGGGCAAAAUCCGUUCGUUUGACUUCGCCGACGACGACGUCUCAAGAGCGAAGGGCACCACGCAGCUUUUCACAGCUCUGGCUUCCAACGCGCUGGAGGUGUAUAACAUCCCACCACCGACGAAGAGCAAGGACGCGCAGCCCGAGGCGACCCGCGUCUACUCUGUCGACCUGCCAGGUCAUCGGACGGACGUCAGGACGCUGUGCCUGAGCUCAGACGAUGGCCUGCUAGCGUCAGGCUCAAAUGGGUCGCUGAAGAUCUGGAAUAUGAAGACGAUGGCGUGCAUUCGAACGAUGGAGUGCGGGCAUGCGGUUUGCAGCACUUUCCUCCCUGGCGAUCGACAGGUCGCAGUGGGGACGAAGUCGGGAGACAUCCUCAUUUAUGACGUCGCCUCCUCGACGCUCAUCGAGACCGUCAAAGCACACACAUCAACUGUAUGGUCAAUUCACGUCCGCGCAGACGGUCACGCACUCGUCAGCGGCAGUGCGGACAAGGACGUCAAGUUCUGGGAGUUGGAGUCGAAGCCUGUGGACAGCGAUAAUCCCCGAAGUGCUAGACUGCUGUCGCUUGUGCACGUCCGGACGCUCAAGAUGACGGACGACGUGCUCAGCGUGCGGUACAGCCCGAACGGCAAGUUUUUGGCAGUCGCGCUGCUCGAUUCGACUGUGAAGGUAUUCUACCAAGACACGCUCAAGUUCUUCCUAUCGCUGUAUGGCCAUAAGCUUCCAGUGCUGAGCAUGGACAUCUCCGCGGACAGCAAACUCAUCGUGACCUGCUCGGCGGACAAGAACGUCAAGAUCUGGGGCCUCGACUUCGGCGACUGCCACCGUUCGCUCUUCGCGCACGACGACAGCGUGAUGCAGGUCGCGUUCGAGAAGAACGACAUCCGCGAGUUCGAUGCGAAGCCGAGUCAUUAUUUCUGGACGGUAGGCAAAGACCGCAUGGUGAAGUACUGGGAUGGGGACAAGUUCGAGAAUAUCCAGAAGCUGGACGGGCACCACGGAGAGGUGUGGGCGCUGGCCGUCAGCAACACCGGCAAGUUCGUCGUCUCGGGCUCGCACGACAAGUCGAUCCGAGUGUGGGAGAAGCUCGACGAGCCGCUAUUCCUCGAGGAAGAGCGCGAGCGCGAGCUCGAGCAACUCUACGAGUCCGGUAUCGCCGACACGCUCAACCGGAACGACGCCCCCAUCGGCAGCGGCGCCGACGACGCGGACCCCACGCUUGCGCAGGGCGCGGAGGCGACCGCCGUCUCGAAGCAGACGACAGAGACGCUGAUGGCGGGCGAACGGAUCAUGGAGGCGCUCGAGCUCGCGGACGGGGAGAUCGCGGCACUGCGCGAGUACGAGGAGGCGAAGGCGGCGGGCGGGCUCGGCGAACAGGUCGCGCCGCCGCCGAGGAAUCCGGUGCUGGCUGCGUAUGAUGUCGAGCCGGCGGAGUACGUGCUAAAAGUCGUGGAGAAAGUGCCCGGGACGGCGCUGUAUGAUGCGCUGCUAGUGCUGCCGUUUGGGAAGGUGGUGAGCCUGAUGAUGUAUCUGAACGUUUGGGCGCAGAGGGACUGGAACAUUGUCCUCACGUCCAGAAUCAUAUUCUUCCUCCUCAAGACACAUUAUCACCAGAUCGUUGCCAACCGCAUCAUGCGUACUGCCCUCAUUCCCUUGCGUAAGCAUCUCCGCGACUCGCUGCGAAAGCAGAAGGACACGAUCGCGUACAACCUCGCCGCGCUCAAGUACAUCAAGCGGCAGAAUGACGCACAACGGAUUGCAGAAUUCUACGAGGAGGAAGGCAUGGACGAAGAGAAGGUCAGGGAAAGAAUCGCCGAGGGCAAGAAGAGGAAGCGCGUGGCCAUCAAGUCGUAG